AUGGGAAAAUCAGCUUCCAAACAAUUUGCUGAAGAAGUCUUGAAAGCACACAAUGACUACAGGAAGAAACAUGGAGUCCCCCCAUUAAAACUCUGCAAGAAGUUAAACAGAGGAGCCCAACAGUAUGCAGAAGAACUGGCUACCACGAGGGUCCUCAAACACAGCUCCGAGUCUGCUAAUGGAAAAUGUGGAGAAAACCUAGCAUGGGCAUCCUAUGACCAACCAGGAAAGGACGUGGCUGACAGAUGGUACAGUGAAAUAAAAAAUUACAGCUUUCAAAACCCAGGGUUUUCUUCUGGGACAGGUCACUUCACAGCAAUGGUUUGGAAGAACACAAAAAAGAUGGGAGUUGGAAAAGCAUCUGCUAGUGAUGGCUCUACGUUUGUGGUGGCUAGAUAUGAUCCAGCUGGAAAUGUAGUAAAUCCAGGCUAUUAUGAAGAAAAUGUCCUUCCUCCAAGAAAAUAGCUACUUUUUCUUUUUUUAUAUAAAGGUAGUCUUAUUGCUUAAUGACAAGUGAACCUGGAUUUGGACUGAACAGCGUUUGAAAUGAAGUACGAUUCACUGAAAUUUCCUGUUCGAUACUGCUGUUCACUUCUCAUUAUAGAGGAAGCAAUUACAUGUUGCUUGAUUCGAUCCGCACAUUAGGUCCCUGUUGUUUCUGAGGGGGCCUCAGUUUAUUUGAGGAUGAGAUAUAUGCAGCAUUUCUGAAGGGUAAAAUUUACAAGGUUUUUUUCUUUUUUUAAUAGUUUGCAUGAACUCUGUGUCAGCAUGUGAGUAAGCACAUGUUGGAUGUCUUUUUUUAAACAAGCAAAUUUAUAGCUUUCUGUAAACUG